CUCAAACAAAAAAUGAAGUGGAACUUGGAAUCUCAGAAGAAGUCGAAAGCGUGAGAGCCUUUCUCAGAUGAUGGCCUUGCAACUCUUCCCCGCUUCUCUUCACCCAAUCUCGAACCCUUCUUCUUCAUCAUCAUCAUCUCGAUCAAAACAGAGACACCUCCUUCUCCAGCUCUCUCCUCCUCGCCUCCGUUCUGACCGUAGCCAAAGCGGUGUCACCGAAAACGACAGCGAUCCUUCUUCCUCAGGUUCUUCAUCAUCAUCAGUACGCACACAGUUAGAUCUCCUCGAACAGCUUACUUCCACCAGCGACGGUUACUUGAGUGAUGGUGGUGGUGGUGGCUUGAGGGGACUCACAGUGCGUGACCAAUUGGCUAGUCUUGUUGGUGACAGAGACGAUGACUUCACCAUUCCCUUGGGGAAGAACUUGAAGAAAGUGAGCCCUAAGUUCUUAACCACUUCUCAGAAAAGGAACAUUAAGAGGCAAAGCUACCUUAACGAGGUCUCUCAGAGGAAUGACUCUGUUUUCUUUUCUACCAUCGGCGCCUUUGUAAUCCUUCCGCCUUUGUUGAUCCUUGGGAUUGCUAUUUUGACUGGCUAUGUUCAACUCUUUCCUUAAGUAUGUGUACAAUAAAUGAUGAACAUAAUCCUUUCUUUCAA